UCAAGUUUUUUAAUUCAGGCACAUGAGUACUAGACGAGUAUUUUGAAUGAGUUCAAGAUUUGUUAAAUUAAGGGGAUAAAUAAAUAGGAUAAAAUGUCGAAGACAGCAGGUCGUUUGAAGGCGGCCCUCAAGUCAACUGAGAAAAUUGAUCACAGCAGAAAAUUGAGGACCAACAUCCCUGCUGGUUUAGCUGCACCUAACCCACCUCUUGGACCUCAAUUGGGACAGAGAAACAUAAACAUAGCAAAUUUUAUAAAAGAUUUCAAUGAAAGAACUGCAGACAUUAAGGAAGGUAUUCCACUACCAGUGAGAGUAAAAGUACAUGGAGACAGAACCUAUGACAUGGUUAUUCACCAGCCCCCAGCGACGUAUUUCCUGAUGCAAGCAGCAGGGAUUCAACGAGGAGCCAUGAAUUCAGGCAAAGAAGUCGCUGGAAAAUUGACGUUGAGGCACCUCUACGAGAUCGCAAAAAUAAAAUCCCAAGAUCCACCUUUGACCCUCCAAACUCUUCAGCAAACCACUCAGAUGCUCGUUGGUAUUGCUAGAACUUGUGGGAUUAAAAUUGUUCGGGAAAUAGAUCCUGACGAGUACGCUGAGUUUUUGAAGGAACGAGCGGUGAUCGUUGAGGAACAGAAACAGGAGUUGCAGGCCGCCAAAGAAGCUAAAAUGCUUCGAACAGGAUAGUGAGUAAUUCUAAAUAUUAAUUUUUACUUACCAAAAUAUGGAACAAAACAUUUUUGAAUAUAAAAAAUUAAUACAGAAAAUGUACCUUGAAUUUCCUUCUAAAUUCCCACAUUAUGCAUCUCUAAUUAAAUUGUGAUUUCUCCUUUCAGGUAUGUUCCGUAGUAAAACGAACAAUACAGUGUUGAAUUUUCAAAAAUUGUAAUUAUAAAUAAAGAUAAAAUUACCUGA